AUGCCACCUCAACGAAAGACCAACGGCAAGAAGAACAAGUCAGCUUCUCACCAAGCAAAGGGAAAGAGGAAAAGCAAGGUCGAUGUCACCGAUGUCUACGAAGCUAGCGACGACGAGCGACAACUGGCACGCAAAGGUCACGAUCUAGACGACGUCGACGAUUAUGAAUACCACGUCGAUCAUGUCAACGAAGAAGACGACGAAGAGAUCGAUUCAGACGAGGCUUUUGACGACUCGGACGACGAACGAUUCGAAAGCUUCAAAUUCCAGGGAUCGACCAAGGGCUCGGCUAAGAAAGCCAAAAAGAGAGAACCUUCAGUUGAUAUCCAAGAAGAACGAGAGAUCAAUAUGAACGAAUCUGAUGAUGGAGAGCAUGUCGAUGAUGAAGACGAUGAAGAAGAUGAGGAUGGUGAAGGAUACGUUGAUCUUUCAGCAAUGCUUGACGAUGAUGAGGAAGAAGAAGAAUCCAGCAAAGAUCGUAAGCAAGCACACAAGAAAGCAGUGGAUGAAUUGAUGCAAGGAGUGAUGGACAGCGAUGAGGAUAUGGACGACAUGCAUGCAUCCGACAGCGAAGAUGAAGGCAAUGAUGGUGAAGGCAUGGUGGACUUUAUUGAUGCCUUGAGCAGCAAGAAACGAUCUCUCAAUGAUGAUGGCAGCGCCAAAAAGAAACGCCGCAAGGAGCGCACUGAAGUUUAUGAAGAAAAUGAAUUCAAUCUUCUUGCACGUGAAUCAUCCUCGGCUGACAACAAAAAGAAGCUCGAUUUGGGUGAUUUGAUGGGUUCCAUGCCCAAUGAGGACGCAUUUGCAUCCCUUCGAAAGACUGUAUUGGAAUUGGAUGGCAAGGGCAAAAACGUCGUACAAUCAGCAUUGAAUGCUCCAGCUGCCAAACGUAUCCAGGAUCGUGCUGAUCGUCAAGCCGCUUAUAAGGAAGCCAAUAAGGAAAUCUCACGUUGGGAAGCAACAGUGAAGCAAAAUCGUGAGGCUGAACAUCUUUCAUUCCCUAUGCAAAACAAUACGACUGUGGGUCAACGCGUCACCAGUGCAGCUCUUGCUAGCAAGUUCAGUGCAGAGACAUCCAUGGAGAAGCAAAUUGAACAAGCAUUACAGGCUGCAGGCAUGAAAGAUGAGGAAUUGGAAGAAUUCGAGGCUUUGCAGCUCAACAAGUUGUCAGUGGAGGAAGUUGAGGAACGACGAAAGCAAUUGAAGAUCAUGCGUGAACUCAUGUUUCGCCACGAGCAAAAGGCCAAACGCAUCAAGAAGAUCAAGAGUAAGAGCUAUCGCAAGUUGCAGCGUAAAGAAAAGGCCAAACAAGAGUUAUUGGCAGCUGGCAUUGGCAAUGAUAUUGAUGCGGAGAUGACCGCCGAGGAUCAAAUGAAGGCUGCUUUGGAUCGUGCAGAGGAACGUAUGACACUUAAGCACAAGAAUACCAGCAAAUGGGCCAAGCGUGCUCUUGCUCGAGGCCAAGCAGAUGAAGGAACACGUGAAGCCAUUAUGGAACAAUUGCGACGUGGUGAAGAGCUACGCAAAAAGAUCCAAGGCGUUCAAUCUGACAGCGAUGAUGAUGAUUCCGAAGAUGACGAGGAUGAUGGUGAUAAGAUUGCCAAGGAAAUUGCUGGAUUGGAACGAGAGCUUGAUGACGAUGAACAAGAUACCCCAAAGAAAGGCCUCUUCUCCAUGAAAUUCAUGCAAGAUGCUGAUCAGCGGAACCUACAGGCUACGCGAGCCAUGGUGGAUGACUUUAAGAAUGAAUGGCUGGAAGAAGAGGACAAGGAUGCACAAACAUCACACAUUGUGCAAAACAAUCCUGGACGAUUGGCGUUUGGUGUUGCCAAGGGCAAAGAUGGAAAGAACACAUCGACAACAACAAGCUCAGUGGAACUCAAUGAUGCUGGUCAAAUUAAAAAGGUGUCACAAUCUGCAGCACACAAGGUACGCACCUCUGGCACAGUCAACAUUGCACCUGUCAGUGCACUCGAUCAAAAGCUUCAGGAGGUGGAUGAUGAUCAGAUCAGUCCCUGGCUUCAACAAGUGGAGACACGUGUGAAAGGAAAGAAGGCAUCCAAAAAGAACAACACCAGCAAAGGAAAGAUUGAGGACAAAUCCGAGCUCAAUGUUACAAAGAUCAAGAAGGCUCAAAAGGAAGAGAGCGAUGAUAUCCAACUCGACAUGUCUCAGACUUUGCCUGUCAAAAAGAAGAAGAAUGACAAGAAGCAGCAAUUGGAUCAAGCCAAGCCUAAGGCAGCACAAGCUGAAAAGAGCGACAAGGAUACAGAGUCCAAAGUGGUCGUUACGAGUGGCACAUUUGGUUCUGAUGAUGAGGAUGAGGAUGAUGAGGACGAUGUUGGCAUGGUGCAUUCAUCAAACAAGUUGGCCUUUGCACAGCGGGAUCUGGUUGCACGAGCAUUUGCCAACGACAACGUGACACAAGAGUUUGAAGAGGAGAAAGAUACAAUUAUGGAAGAAGAUGCUGAUAAAACCGAAGAUCUUACAUUACCUGGAUGGGGAGAUUGGUCUGGAAAGGGUCUCAAGAAGAAGAAGAACAAGGUGGUUCGAAAGAUCCAAGGUGUUGACCCAAGCAAGAGAAAGGAUGCGAAAUUGAAGAAUGUUAUCAUUAACGAGAAGCGAAUCAAAAAGAGCGAAAAAUACCAGGUUACUCAAGUCCCUUUCCCUUUCCAAACAAUGGAGCAAUACGAGCGAUCUAUGCGUACGCCUGUUGGCAAGGAGUGGAAUACUCGAAAUACAUUCCAAAAGCUUACAAAGCCGAGAGUCCUCACCAAACUUGGCACAGUUAUCGAUCCCCUAAAUGCACCUUUCAAAUAA